UUUUUAAAACCGGCCCCGGGUGGGCGGGGCUUAGCUCGGAGACUCGGCCCCCGGGUGGGCGGGGCUUAGCUCGGAGACUCGGCCCCGUGAUGACGGCAGCGCUGUCGCGAGCGCCAUUUGUCCUCUGCUGCUUCCGUGAAACCCGAGCCCCGCCCGAAGAUGGUGACUAAGAGGAUCCGCUCAGAGUACAUGAAGAAAUUCAAAGACCCCAAAUGGGAGACUUAUGCCAAAUGCUACGAGGAAAUGCUGAAGUACCGACUGACCCGCAGGCUGCUGGAGCAGACCCACAACCCCUGGUUCUGGAAUGGUCAAGACAGCGACUCGGAUUCAGGAGAAAGGAGCCCACCUCCUCCCAAUAGGAACCAGGUAGGAGCAGCGGAGGUCAGGGGGGCAGAAGCUGAGCUGGAGCACUGCGAGAGGGAGAGGACUGACAGACAUCAGGAGCAGCAGAUCAGAACUACCAGACCCGUGCCCACACUUCCUAUUCAUGACAAAGAGGAGGAGAAGGAGCCGGCUUUACAGUCUUCAGUCCAGGAGUUGCAGUCUGAUGGUACCAGGGAGAGACAAGUACCGCCGGGGGAGGAAGAAGAGCGGAGAGUCGGCACCAGAGAGAAAGACACAGAAGGACCCCUACCACAGCAGAAGAAACCCCCCAAAUCGACCAAACAAACUCGGCGUCCCCGGCAGGUGAGGCCUGCACCGCUACGGCAGCCAGGAGAGGACAGUAAGGAGAGCAGACAUGCUUUUGCUCUGUACGGCUCCGGGGAAAAGGAUGCAGACAUUUCAGGCAGGAAGACUCACAAUGUUGGGCCAGCAGCUUCCACCACUGAGAUCCACGAAUCAGCUCUGCGUGCAAAGACCAGGAGGGAGGUGGAGCGUCAGAUCCACACGCAGCGAUCCGAUAGGCGGAGGGCCAAGUCUGCGGACCCGGACAAGGUCAGGAAGCUGGUCCAACCCGAGUUCAACCCCUGGCUCACAGAGUACAUGCGCUGCUUCUCCGCCCGCUCCCGAUAGGAGAGCUACAUCAGGAAACACAAGAUUCAAAUAUUGCUGCCUUUCACAUUUGAAGUUUAACCCCCAACAGACACAGAGGGAGUAUCCUGAAUGUUUAGCGCUGACACGUGCAGGCUGAAAAUGACCAAACCUUUAACAUUGAAAUUCACUGUGUGGCUUUUUAACACAAAUCUGUAUGGACAGGUUUUAUAUCACUCAAUUUAGAUUUCUAAACCACAGUCAGAGACUUUUUAAAAGCAAGCAUUUUAUGAGACUUUUGGGAAAAAUGUAUAGUUUAACUACGACAAAUUCUGUCAUAUACAGACAUUUGGAUGUGAAUGACCAGUUCAAAUCGUACAGUCAUACUUAAGUCCAGUCCCUUUACAUACACAGCCUGUGUUUAUAUUUUUAUGGAGCUGGGUAGCAGUACUUCUGAACUGGUGAAGCCUGGCUUCCUAAAGCAAAAUGAUCAAUAAUGUGCAGUACAGUCAGAAUUCUGAAAAAACUGUUAUGAACAUGAGCUCGGAGCUCUUUUAAAAGAUUUGGCUUACAGUUGGUGUAGCUGUUAUGUGCUGUGAGUGACAGUUUUCCACAUGUUCAGUUUUAAACUUCCUAGCUGCAUUGAGGUGGAUAUUAUGCUUUAUGUGAUAGGUUACCUGGGUUUACAUAGAUGGGUGAUAACUUUAUGGUGUGGGUGUCUCUUGCGUGUUCUAAUUCAUGUAUUUUUUCAAGAGCACACAAACAUUUUGAUGUUACCGUCUUCAAAUCAAAUCAGCAGGGAACUCCGAUAGCCACUGCGUCUGUUGAACGGUUCAAUCUUCUGUUGAUUUGUUUCACACAUUUCUUUCAGCGAACAUGGAAUGUCAAACCAACAGAAUAGAAAAGUACAUAAAGAUGGUGUAUUCUUUUCAAAGCAUGGCAAUGUUUGACUUAAAAGGCCAAACAUCAAAAGCAUUCCAGUUACAGAAUAUACUUUGGAGCCAAAAGAGAGAGUGACAAUGUCCAAAUCAGUGUUGCUUCAAUUGACUGUAGCUUGAUUACACAAUGGUUUAGUAAGGACCAAACAUUAAGUGGUGCCUCAAUCAUUUGAUGCUUUAUCUAAAAAGUUGUACUGAGUGAAGUAAUUUCAGGCUUUCAUGUGGAUGCUGUUAACUUUGGAACGUGGUGUGUUGAUGUAGUUGUGUGCGUGUGUGUGUGUGUG